AUGUCACAAUUAUUUGAGCCAGAAUCUGCUGCUCAAGAUCCCGUACUGACUACGUCUGCAGAUGUUUUUCCCGCAGAAGUGGAUGUUUCGUCGGUGCCGGUGACGUACCGAAUCCUGGUCUCGCGCCGCGAGGCCGGAGUGAUUAUAGGAAAGAAUGGCGAUUGCAUUACGCAGAUCCGAGACGGGUCCGGCGUGAAAGCUGGAGUGUCCCGUCUUGUUGAAGGGUGUGCAGAUCGUAUUCUCACUGUCACCGGUGCCAUCGAAAACGUGUCUCAAGCCCUUGGUCUGUUCGCGCGUGCUCUCGCAGAGUCGCAACCGCAGCCGCAAUCGCAGUCACAGCCGCAGGGAAGUAUUCCUGCUUACACGGCGUUUCCGCUGAAACCGUUGUGUCCUGCUCCCGUGCCUCCAAACGCUGAAAUCGCCAGUUUGCGACUGAUGAUCCCUCACGCUCUGAUGGGAACACUCAUCGGAAAGCAGGGAAUACGCAUCAAAGCCAUCCAGGAGAGCCACCAUGUGAAGAUGGUUGCCUCCAAAGACUUUCUGGCAGGCUCCACAGAGCGUAUUGUGGAGAUUCAGGGACCUCCCUCAGACAUCAGCGAAGCAUUGACGGUGAUCUCGAAGUGUCUGCUUGAAGACUGGCAUAGCGCGACGGGGACGAAUUACUACUUCCCUUCGAAACGCGCCGCUCCAGCGCAGAGACCAAGGUUGCAUGCGGACCCGGCGUCGGGUGCAAAAGAUGCCAGUGAAUUGGUCAAGUUCCCUGGCGAGUUGGUGGGUGCAUUGAUAGGAAAGAAGGGCGCAAGGAUACAGGAGAUCAGGCGUGACUCUGGUUGUACGAUUUCGAUUGAGCCAGAAGAUGAUCAGAAUGGAGAAAGAGCGUUCGCCCUGACUGGAUCUCCGGAAAACGUGGAGAGGGCGUUGACUCUAUUGUAUGGACAUCUGGAGAGGGAGAGGCAGAGGAGGGCUCUUGUAACGAGCAAUGAGGAGUGA